UGCGGCUUUAAUUUUCAUUGUUUUGCUUUUGUUGUCACCAGUUCAUCUCUGGAGUUGUGUGCCAGAGCUGCUACGAGAAGGAAUUCUGUCCUUCUGAAUGUGUGCAAAAUGCAAGCACUGCAGUGUAUGGGGAAGAACCACGUGAUAGCAGAAGACAGCACCUGCGUGUGGCCGCAACGCAACACCACAGGCUGCACCGGCUGUCACAUGUGGGAGAUCUGCGAUGAUCAAACCAACGACUGUCGCUGUAAGGACUCUGCAGAUUGCUCGAUCCCAGGAUCAGACGUGUGCGUCCGUGUUGGAGAAGAUGCGACUGCGGCCCCACAGACCAUGAGCGAGUGUGAAGCAGGACAUAGAAGAUGUAAGGGAGAGACGGUGUCAGUUGUCAGUAUCGUUCCCUGCACUUCCUGAGGAUUCAGGCGGGAUACUGACUGACCUCUCGUAUUCUGCUCCUUUAUCCCACUUUUUUCUGUGCAACCAAUAUUGUUUUAAAUCCCACUACUUAACACAUUAAAGGUACAUUUUUAUGCAUGCAUUAAAACACAACUAAACUGUAUUAAGACAAUAAACAAAUGAAUAACAAA